CCAGAGAUACUCUGCACACUGCUUGUGUUAACGCAGAGAAACAAAUAGAACAAACCGGACCCUCACAUUAACCUUUUUCAGCAGCAAUGGCCGGCACAGCACCGAUAUCAUCUGAAGAGCUGGAGGAUCUGAGAGAGGCCUUCAGCAAAGUUGAUCUGGAUUCUAAUGGCUACAUUAGCACAGAUGAGCUGACUGAGCUGUUUAAGGUCGCUAAUCUUCCUUUGCCUGGUUAUCGAGUUCGUGAAAUCAUCGAGGAGCUCAGCCGAACCAUGGACCAAAAUAAUGAUGGCAAGAUCACAUUCGAUGAGUUUGCAAAGGUCUUUAGCCAGCUGAAGAACUCAGAGGUGGCAAAAACAUUCCGAAAGGCUAUCAACAAGAAGGAGGGAAUCUGUGCUAUAGCAGGAACCUCGGAGCAAUCCGGCACUCAGCAUUCAUACUCAGAGGAAGAAAAGGUAGCGUUUGUGAACUGGAUCAACAAGGCUUUAGAGAAGGACCCUGACUGCAAGCAUAUUCUCCCAAUGGACCCCAGCUCAGACGACUUGUUCACCGCAGUAGGAGAUGGCAUUGUGCUCUGUAAAAUGAUCAACUUGUCCAUCCCUGACACUAUUGAUGAGAGAACCAUCAAUAAGAAGAAACUCACACCUUUUACUAUUCAGGAGAAUCUAAAUCUGGCUCUGAACUCAGCUUCAGCUAUUGGUUGCCAUGUUGUGAACAUUGGAGCAGCGGACCUGAAGGAAGGCAGACAACAUUUGGUUCUCGGGCUUCUUUGGCAGGUCAUCAAAAUCGGCUUGCUUGCAGAUAUUGAGAUCAGCAGGAAUGAAGCUCUAAUCGCUCUGCUGAGGGAUGGUGAGAGUCUGGAGGACCUAAUGAAGCUGUCCCCUGAGGAACUGCUCCUGCGGUGGGCCAAUUACCACCUGGAACAGGCUGGCUGCUCGAAAAUUAACAACUUCAGCUCUGAUAUUAAGGACUCAAAAGCCUAUUACAACAUCCUGAACCAAGUGGCUCCUAAAGGAGAUGAAGAAGGCAUCCCUCCUAUUCCUAUUGAUAUAUCCGGAAUAAGGGAAAAAGACGACCUAAAAAGAGCAGAGCUCAUGCUGGAGCAGGCAGAUUGCCUUGGUUGCCGCCAGUUUGUCACAGCGAAUGAUGUUGUACGUGGAAAUCCCAAGCUUAACUUGGCUUACGUGGCCAACCUUUUCAACAAAUAUCCUGCUCUAAAGAAGCCAGAAAACCAAGACAUCGACUGGAGCUCCAUUGAAGGUGAAACCAGAGAGGAACGCACUUUCCGCAACUGGAUGAACUCCCUUGGGGUGAAUCCUCGCGUGAACCAUCUCUAUGUAGACCUGGCUGAUGCUUUGGUCAUUUUCCAGCUCUAUGAAAAGAUCAAAGUUCCCGUAGACUGGGACAGAGUGAACAAACCACCAUAUCCCAAACUUGGCAGCAACAUGAAGAAGCUGGAAAACUGUAACUAUGCAGUGGAACUGGGUAAAAAGGAGGCAAAGUUUUCUUUGGUGGGCAUCGCUGGGCAGGACCUGAACGAGGGCAACCGCAAACUUACACUCGCUUUGCUCUGGCAGCUCAUGAGGAGGUACACACUGAACAUCCUGGAGGAACUCGGAGACGGACAGAAGGUCAAUGAUGACACCAUUGUCAGCUGGGUGAAUGAUACGCUUACUCAAGCUGAAAAGAAAACCAUCAGUGGAUUCAAGGAUGGAUCCAUCAGCAGCAGCUUGCCUGUCCUGGACCUCAUCGACGCCAUUCAGCCGGGCUCAAUCCGCUAUGAUCUGGUCAAGACUGAAGAUCUCAAUGAUGAUGAAAAACUCAACAACGCCAAGUACGCCAUCUCAAUGGCCAGGAAGAUCGGAGCUCGGGUUUACGCUCUUCCAGAAGAUCUGAUGGAAGUCAAGCCCAAAAUGGUCAUGACCGUCUUCGCCUGUCUCAUGGCCCGAGGAAUGAAAAGAAUUUAGCAUGGGUGCUAACCAAAUGUAUACACCAAUCACAAUUCUCUGCCUACUAUGUAACAAACCAUUUUAUGCUUGUUGUCAUAAAAUAACUUGUGACCUUACUGGAGGAAAAAACAUGGCUGGAAAUCGCAGGACUGGAAUGUGCAGUGUUGUUUUUUAAGUGUUUCUUUUUUACUAAUAUAAGCUUUUUCCAAUGCGAACAUGACAUACUAGUGUAACAGAGUUGUAUUAGUAAGCAUGAAAAACUGCUAAAUGUUUUAUUCAUUUCCACAUUAUUCAUGCAAUGCUAACAUGGUUAAUGCAGAUGUGGACUUGUUACAAUCAGAAGUAAAUAAAAUCUUUGAUAGUUUUCUAUUA